AUGAAGCCUUUUUCUAUGAUGUUUUCGUUUAUAUAUGUUCCCUUGCUUUUCUACUUUACAUGCAACUCCAAACACAAUGUUUUUGCUUCAGAAAGUGAGAUCGAUCAUAUGGCCCUUAUCAAAUUCAAAGAAUCAAUAUUGAGUGACCCAAAUGGGAUCUUGUUUUCUUGGAAUACUUCUACUCACUUCUGUAAUUGGUAUGGAAUCACAUGCAAUCCCACACUUCGAAGGGUUACUGAGCUGAAUUUGCAAGGGCACAGGUUGAAAGGGUAUAUUUCUCCUCACAUAGGUAAUCUCUCUUACAUGAGAACAUUUGAACUUGGAAACAACAGUUUCUAUGGCAAUAUCCCACUAGAAGUGGGGAGAUUGUCCCAAUUGCAGAAAUUCAGAGUUGAAAAUAACACAUUGGUCGGAGAAAUUCCUUUGAAUUUGACGCAUUGUACUCAGCUCAAAAUUUUAUAUUUGUAUGGAAACAAUCUGAAAGGAAAAAUACCUACUGAAAUCGGAUUGCUCCGGAACAUUCAGUUUUUGAACUUUGGUCAAAACCAGUUAACAGGAGAAAUUCCAUCUUCCAUUGGGAAUCUUUCUUCAAUAACAUAUCUAUCAUUUGGUUUUAACAAUUUAGAGGGAGAUAUUCCACAAGAAAUAUGUCAUCUCAAGAGCUUGAUGAUUGUAGCUUUAGGUAUUAACAAACUGAGUGGAUCAUUUCCCUCCUGUCUUUAUAAUAUGUCAUCUCUUACUGCAAUCGGAGUUGCAGAAAAUCAAUUUCGCAACUCUCUUCCACCCAACAUGUUCCACACCCUCCAGAAUCUCCAUGUACUUUUACUUGCUAACAACCAAUUUUCAGGUCCAAUCCCACCUUCCAUUGAAAAUGCAUCCAGCCUUUCAUUCCUUGAUCUCUCUAGAAACCAUUUUGUGGGAAGAAUUCCAAGUCUUGGAAAACUACACGAUCUUUAUUACCUAAGUUUGGCUCAAAACAAUUUAGGUUACAAUUCAACUAAUGAUUUGGAGUUUUUAAAAUCAUUGGUAAAUUGUACUAAGUUGGAAAUGUUAGCUCUAUCUUACAAUAGUUUUGGAGGUCAAUUGUCAAAUUCUUUGGGAAAUUUGUCGAUCCAAUUAAGUCAACUAUAUCUCGGAUACAAUGAGAUAUCUGGAGAAAUCCCUGAGGCAAUAGGAAAUUUAAUUGGCUUAACUCUCUUGACAAUGUACUAUAACCAGAUUGAUGGGAUUAUCCCAACAACUUUUGGAAAGUUUAAAAUGCUUCGAGUGUUAGGAUUACAGGGAAACAAGUUGUCAGGAAAUAUAGAACCCUUCAUUGGAAACUUGAGUCAAUUGUUUUAUUUGAAUCUACGUGCAAAUCGGUUUGAAGGGAGUAUUCCUCCAAGUAUAGGAAAUUGUCAACUGGUAGAUCUUUCAGAGAACAAUCUCACAGGAACCAUACCACUAGAGCUUUUCAAUCUUACCUCUCUAUUCAUAUUGGAUUUGUCAAGUAACUCAUUGAGUGGUAGUAUACCAGAUGAAGUGGGAAAUAUACACAAUAUUAACUUUCUAGAUAUGUCAAACAAUCAUAUAUCUGGUCACAUUCCUCUAGGUGUUGGAAAAUGCGUAAUGUUAGAGUACCUCUAUUUGGAAGGGAAUUCUUUACAAGGAAUCAUACCAUCUUCUUUGGCAUCACUUAAAAGCAUUAUAUUUUUGGACCUGUCACAAAACCAUUUAUCUGGAUCAAUUCCAAAUUUCCUGCAAAACCUUUCUUUCUUACAGUAUUUGAAUGUAUCUUUUAACAUGUUGGAAGGUGAGGUACCCACUGAAGGUGUCUUUCGAAAUGUAUGUGCAUUGGGGGUGAUUGGAAACAGUAAGCUUUGUGGAGGUAUUUCUGAAUUGCAUCUGCCACCAUGCCCUCUUAAAAUUAAGAAACAUGCAAAACACCGCAAGUUCAGAUUGAUAGUAAUGAUAUUAAGUGUAGCUGUUUUCCUCAUUGUACUAUUAUCUGCCUUAACUAUCUAUUGUUCGAGGAAAAAGGGAAAGAAACCUGUCCUCAAUUCAUCAACAAUUCACCAAUUGGCUAAAGUGUCCUACCAAAGCUUGUACAAUGGAACUGAUGGGUUCUCAGCGACAAACUUGAUAGGGAGUGGGAAUUUCAGUUCUGUCUACAAAGGAACUCUUGAGCUCGAAGACAGAGUUGUUGCCGUAAAGGUUCUAAACCUGAAAAGAAAAGGAGCUCACAAGAGCUUCGUGGCAGAAUGUAAUGCACUAAAAAAUAUCAAGCAUCGAAAUCUUGUUCAGAUUUUGACAUGUUGUUCCGGCACAGAUUAUAAAGGUCAAGAAUUCAAAGCUUUGAUCUUUGAGUACAUGAGAAAUGGAAGCCUGGAGCAAUGGUUGCAUCCUACCACAAGUGUUGAGCAUCCAAGAACAUUGAGCCUUAAACAAAGAUUAAGUAUCAUGAUUGACGUAGCUUCUGCAUUACAAUAUCUUCAUCAUGAAUGUGAGCAGUCGAUCAUUCAUUGUGAUUUAAAGCCAAGCAAUGUCCUUCUUGAUGAUGAGAUGAUUGCUCAUGUAAGUGAUUUCGGCAUAGCAAGACUUCUCUCAACAAUCCAAGGUAUCACCUCCAAACAAUCAAGUACAAUUGCAAUAAAGGGGACUGUUGGCUAUGCUCCUCCAGAGUAUGGAGUGGGUGCUGAAGUGUCAACUUCUGGCGACAUGUACAGCUUUGGAAUUCUUUUGCUGGAAAUGCUUACUGGGAGAAGACCUACUGAUGAAAUGUUUGAAGAUGGUCAAAAUAUUUGUAACUUUGUUGCAAUUUCAUUUCCCAGUAAACUUUUUGAAAUUUUGGAUCCGCGACUUAUUCCGAUUGAGGAAAAUGAUUGGAAUCUUAAUCCAAAUGUUGAGAAGUGCUUAGUUUCACUUUUUAAAAUUGGACUUGCCUGUGCUGUGGAAUCACCAAAAGAAAGAAUGGAUGUGGUUGAUGUCAGCAGGGAGCUUCAUCGAAUUCAAAAUGCCUUAUUUGGUCCAGGCUCUGUUUUGGGAAAUGAUCCUUCAAUCUUCUUAUUGAGUUGAGUCAAGGUGUUGAUAAUAUUGAAGGUUGAGCACAUCAUCAAAUGAAUAUCACUUGGGAAAUGUGGGUUUAAAUCAAGUGAGUUUCCUUGUUAUAGGUAGGUUUAUCAUAUAUAUAUACG